UCUCUUUUUACUUGUGUACAGUAGAUGGUACAGAAAGUGUGGUGUCGUUGUGUUUUCUGUUUUCUUGUGUUUUUCUCGUGGAAAGAGCGUGCGAAAAGCCAGCGGAAAAGUACGCAGCGUGGAUUCGGGGUCCAUUGAGGCGAAAAUGGACAUGGACUACAUCGACAGUUCCUUCGACUACGAUGUGGAGAACGAGGACUUCUACGAGGUGAGCGUGCCCGCCAAGGGCCAGAAGAGGAGGGUCACUUUCAAGCAGCAAGUGUCCACGAAGAGCGACGAUGCGGACGUGGUCACGCUGGGCACGAUGAAGACGGAGCUGGUGGACGACGGCGAGGAGGCCCAGACACCGCAGUCGCUAUGCGAAAUACAGAAGGUGCCUUCCAUCAGCGACCUCUCAGAUCCGGAGGCGUCUUUGGAUAUACCGACCCAGGUGCCGCCCCUGACGCCUGGCACCAACAAGACCAUGGCCGAGGCGCUGAAGGCGUCUUUCGCAUCGUGGGAAAAGGAACAAGUCCGAUUGAACAUAACCAAAGAUCCACGUCAAUGGACGGAGAACCACGUGGCCCACUGGCUGCAGUGGGCGGCGAAAGAAUUCUCCCUCGAAUGCAUCCCCUUGCACCAGUUCCGCAUGAAGGGCAAGGACAUCUGCGCCAUGGGCAAAGACGCGUUCGCCGCCCGCGCGCCCGCCUUCGUGGGCGACAUCCUCUGGGAGCACCUGGAGCUCCUCCAGAAAGAUGUCGAGAGGGAACGAUCGCUGACGAGCACCGUGGUUCCCGGAAGCCUGUACAACUCGAUGUGCGUCCCGGACCUGAACUUCCUGGACUACCAGGGUUCCAUGAUUCCGGAGGACCGGAAGCCGGUCACGAUCACUCCGGGCAGCAACAGCGCGCCGACGCCGCCCAACAACAACAACUUCUUGCACGACGGUGGGUACGGUCAGCUGAGGAGUCCGGCGUGUCCCCCCGCCCCCGCAGACGAGAUCCGGGAGGAAGGCUCGCCGCCUCCGGGGCCGCCCUCGGGGUUCAUGCAUUUACAGAGAAGUCCUGCCUACCACCACUUAAAAGAUGGUUUCAAAAGUUCGUGUUCGCCGACCGAGUCGGGCACCAAUUCCUUCGGCAUGGACAACCUCCCCUCAAUGAACAGCGACGAUCAAUCUCACCUCUUCCAGACGUCCCAUUAUUCGCCCGAAGAACACGAGUACCAAGCGUUGGAAGCCGGCCACCAGCCCCAGUACUUGGAAAGUUCGCCCGAAUUCUACGCUGCCAACAACCUAAUAGAGUCCAAGUACCACCCUGCGCACCCCUACGUCAAAAACUAUGCCCGAGGUACGGCAAGGUAUAACGACGGCUACGGCGACACGUACGGCUCGCCCUACGAUGGGUCCCCUUUCCAGACGGUGCCCAGCGGCACCAACGGUGCCCCCGACCAGUGGGCGCACAACCACGAUCUCGGUUCCAUUGCGCACGCGCAUUCACACACGCAUCCCGCCUUUCUGUCGACGGGAAUGCAGGGGAGAGACCCCAUCAACCCGUUGGCGCCGGAUACCAAGCCCAUGCUCCAGAAUGGGAUGAUCGCCGGGUAUCCCAACAGCGGGGCGCCGGGAGGGCCCUGUUUCACAGGCUCCGGCCCUAUCCAGCUGUGGCAAUUCCUGCUCGAACUCCUCACGGACAAAUCCUGCCAAGCGUUCAUCUCCUGGACCGGGGACGGUUGGGAGUUCAAGCUGACGGACCCCGACGAGGUGGCCCGACGCUGGGGCAUCCGCAAGAACAAGCCGAAGAUGAAUUACGAGAAGCUAUCGCGCGGUCUGCGCUACUACUACGACAAAAACAUAAUCCACAAGACUGCCGGGAAGCGCUACGUCUAUCGCUUCGUCUGCGACUUACAGACCUUGCUAGGGUACAGUCCGGAGGAGCUGCACGCAAUGGUAGAUCUCAAGCCCGAGAAGAAGGAAGAUGACUGAUCCAGCGCCGCGUCGCACCCCUCGCCCCUCCCGCAACCUGGUGCCUAUCGGAAACCCAUCACUUAAUCAUAAAAUUGGCGAUCUGCGCGGUAAACCGACGUGUCUGCGUUUAGCGCGCAGCGCACUUGCUCAUCUGCACACCAACCAAUCAGAAACAACAAAAUUAAGUGUGAUUUACUAAUUAAGAUAGAGUAAUGUAUAAAGUUAAGGAUUGUGCUCUCUUGUAGUAGCGAGGGUCAGCGCCACUGAUCGAGCUGUCUGUAAAUAUCAUUAUUGUGAUAAGUCUUUCAGAGCAGAUAGUUAUAUGUUUAUAUUUUUGCAAAGUUCAGGAGGCGCAUGUGCGCGAUUAAAGAGACAAUAUGAUAAAUUUUUGCACAUUUGAUUAUUGUUAAACUUGCAAUAAGAUGUUUUUAAAGAUACGUUCUGAAUGUUAACAAGUUUUUUUAUCGUGGUCUCAACCUCUAAAGUAUAUUCUACUAUAAGUUAUUAUUUAAAAGAAAAAUAAUUAUGACACGUUGGUACGGCGGGAAGUCGCGUUCACGCUGUAUUUCUUUUGUGUUAUCCAUACGUAUAAACUAUGUAUUAAAUAGUGAUGUUUGAAUAAAAUAUUGGUUUUACCAAAA